AUGCCUUCAUUUAAGGACAUUCUCCACAAACGCGACGCUCUGUCCAAAGAUAAAUCGCCCGCACAAUCUACGGACACAGAACCCUUCCCAGCUGCUCCGCCAGCUCCCGAAAUCACAUUGAUGCGAUCCGACACCUUCGGCCACGAAGUGAUCACCCCACCAGUAUACCCAGACCACGAGCAGUCCGAAUCGUCGCAACAGCUUGAAUCCGGUCAUCCUACCUCUACCUCCUCCCCUCGUCGCAGCUUCCAGCUCUUCCGCCGCUCCUCUCGCACAGGCUCCCUGUCCAGCCCGUCGCCCCCGCAACCCCGCCGCGAACGCCGUCUUUCACACCUGCUACACCUGGACCAUCGCAGUCGGAGCAACUCGCGCGACUCGUCGGCAAACCUUCCUCAGAACUUGCCACAGAUCGAGGAUGAUCAAGAAGUGGAUGAGCAGCAACGCGAGGCACAAUGGGAGAAGAGGGCUACGGUGCUGGUGCAGCAGAACCCGCAAUUCGGACACACGUCACCUAGGCAGUCGGAGGCGGAUUUGUCGUUGAGACCGGGGCAGAUGCCUAGGUCGAGGAGUUCAAGCUCGGUUGGUGAUGUGCAAGAUGAUAUCAAUAUCCAGGAAGCAAUCCGGCUUCAUGAGGCAGGAGAUCUGGAACGAUCAACUAAAAUGUUCGGCCAUUUGGCUGAUCCCAAUGGCGCGAAUAACCCACUUAGCCAGGUUCUUUACGGACUAGCCCUGCGGCACGGCUGGGGCUGCGUAAAAGAUGAAGCGCGAGCAGUCACAUACCUGUCCGCCGCCGCCUCCAAUUCGGCCGACGUAGAGUCCGAGGCGUUGCGAGCCGGCAUCAAGAAGGGUGGUGCUGCCAAGGGUGAACUGGUCUUGGCGAUUUUUGAACUGGCAAACUGUUUCCGGAAUGGUUGGGGUGUGGAAAAGGACCCAGCUGCGGCGAGACAGUAUUAUGAAACGGCUGCCAACUUGGGCGACACCGACGCCAUGGACCAGGUGGCUUGGUGUUACCUAGAGGGAUUCGGCGGCAAGAAAGAUAAGUACAAAGCGGCCAAGUAUCUCCGACUUGCCGAAAAAAGCGGAGGUCCCACUGUUGGGAAUUCAUGGAUCUGGAAGGAAAAGUACAACCCGAAAUAG